AUGGCCAACAAAGCUCUCUUCCAUCUCCUCGUCAUCUUCUUUAUAACUAUUUCGCAAUUCUUCUUCUUCUUCCCUACCAAUGCUUCGAGACUCGGGAGUUUGAUGGAGAGGCCCGACCAAAUUUACCUACCUCAACCAGAUACACUACUGGAUGUGAAGAACGACGUAGAGGAAAGGAUGGCAAUGGAGUUAAACGAUUACCCAGGUUCGGGUGCCAACAACCGUCACUUGCCACGUGGAAGAGGAUGCGUUGUCGACUGCUAA